AUGCAGUUCAACCGCGAGCGAGACGGCUCUCUCACCCCGCUGCCGGCGCCGUGCGUCGACACCGGCAUGGGCCUCGAGCGUGUCUCGUCCAUCCUGCUCGACAAGAUGUCCAACUACGACAUCGACGUCUUCGCCGCCCUCUUCAAGGCCAUCCAGGCCGUCGUGCCGGGGCUGCGCGAGUACGCUGGCAAGGUUGGCGAGGACAUGGAGGAUGCGGCAAAGUGGACGGAGGAUGAGCGUGUCGACAUGGCCUUCCGCGUGGUCGCCGACCACAUCCGCACGCUCACCUUUGCGAUCACCGACGGCGCGCAGCCGUCUGCCGAGGGGCGCGGCUACGUGCUGCGCCGGAUCCUGCGCCGCGCGGCACCCGAGGGCUUCUUCCACCAGCUCGUCGACGCCGUCGUGGAGCAGUUCGGCGACGCGUUCCCCGAGCUGCGCAAGGACCCAGAGCGCGUCAAGGCGAUCCUCCGCGAGGAGGAGGCCACCUUCUCGCGCACGCUCAAGAACGGGAUCCGCCAGCUCGGCAAGUACUGCGAGAAGCUUCCGGCGGGAGGCACACUCUCGGGCGAGGAGGCCUUCAAGAUGUACGACACGUACGGCUUCCCGGUCGACCUCACGUUGCUCAUGUGCGAAGAGAAGGGCCUCACCGUCGACGAGGCGGGGUACGAGGCCGAGAUGGAGCGCGCGAAGAAGCGGUCGCAGGAGGGCGGCUCCUUCUCGCGCGGCGGGUCGGUCGUGCUUGAGGCGGAGCAGACCGUCGCCCUCGCCGAGCGGAUGGGCGUGCCGCGCACGGACGACGCCCCAAAGUGGGUCUGGGACUCGGCCGCAGGGGCGGGCCAGCCGCACGCCAGCACGCUGCGCGCGGCCAUCGACCCGUCAAAGGUCUUCCACGAGUCCGUCACCGCCGAGACGGGGCUCGUCGGUCUCAUCGUCGAGUCGACGCCGUUCUACGCGGAGGCGGGCGGGCAGGUGUGCGACCUCGGCACGCUCACCACCGCCGCGGGCGCAGCCUUCCUCGUGGAGGACGUCCAGAGGUUCGGCGCCUUUGUGACCCACAUCGGACGCGUGACGGCGGGCGAGCUCAAGCCCGGCGACGCGGUGCAGCUCUGCGUCGACUACGGCCGCCGCGCGCCGAUCGCGCAGAACCACACGACGACGCACAUGCUCAACUACGCGCUUCGCGCCGCGCUCGAGCAGGACUGCGACCAGCGCGGCUCCCUCUGCGACGCCGAGAAGCUCCGCUUCGACUUUGCGUACCCCAAGCCGCUCACUGCCGAGCAGCUCGCCGCCGUGCAGGCGCAAGUCAACUCGCAGAUCGGCGCCGACCUCGAGGUGCACACGUCGACGGUCGCGCUCGAGCAGGCGAUGGCGAUCAACGGGCUCCGCGCCGUCUUUGGCCAGCAGUGCCGCACCGCCCACGGGGCUGACCCCGCAUUGGGUUCGAUCCUGCGGAGGCCUGGCGUCGGCCAGAUGGUCGCCGCGCCCGACCAGGGCGAGUGGCGCGGCUACUCGGUCGAGUUUUGCGGCGGGACGCACAUCGCGCGCUCCUCCGAGCCGCAGCGCUUCGUGCUCCUCUCUGAGGAGGGUCUGGGCGGCGGCAACCGGCGGAUCGUGGGGCUGACUGGCGAGCGCGCGGCGGCCGCGAACGCCACUUCGGCUGAGCUGAUGGCGCGGAUCGACAAGGCAGGCAGCCUCGAGGGCAAGGCGAUCGAGCCAGAGACCGCCGAGAUCGCGCGGCUGCUCGAGACGGCGGUCGUGCCCGCGGCCGACCGCAAGGCGAUGACGGCGAGCAUCGGCGCGCUCAAGAAGCGCGCCAUCGAGGCGGGGAAGGGCAACCUCAAGGCGGCGGCGGAGGCGGCAAAGGCGGAGGCGGUGCGGCUGGCCGAGGCGGCGCAGGGCGCGCGGUACCUCGCCCUCCUCCUCGAGACGGAGGCGGACGCAAAGGUGGUUGAGGCUGCGGCGACGGCCGCCGGCGCCGCCCUCGUGGGCGUGCCUCUGCUGGUGCUCGGCGCGGGCAAGACGGCCUGCGCGCUCGCCACCGCCCCAGACGGCAGCCCGGUCGACGCAAAGGAGUGGGUCAACGCCGCGCUCGGCGCGUGCGGGGGCAAGGGCGGCGGCAAGCCCAACCGCGCGCAGGGCGCGGCGCGCGACCCGACCAACGUCGCGCAGGCGCUCGAGGCCGCAAAGGCGUUCGCCGAGGCGAAGCUGGGCUGAGGCCUGCAGGCGGGCGCCCGCUGCUACGCGGCGACUCGCGCGCCGAUAGUCUACGCUGAGGCAACCCAGCUGGCGUGUGUCGCACACAUCACAGUUGCUCGCGGCUGCACAUUUAUAUGCACACACCGGCCGACACCGACACCGGCCUCCAGACCCGCUCGUUCGCCCUCCGCGCGACAAGCGCGCCACACGGACGUAGCCGCUUGCGGCCCGCGGGUAAAUACGUUUCCGCAAACCGCGGAAAAAU